CACAUACUCACAUUGUGACUGUAAUUUUUCUUUUUUCUACUUCACCCGUCGAAGAAGACGACUUCAAACCUUACACCUAAGAGGAGGGCUGAUCAGUAGGGCGAUGCCUUGCUCGUCGACUGUAAAUUCCGGCGACGGCAAUGCAACUUUGCUCAAUUUCAGACUGAACGAGUCCACUUUCCUCGCCUCUCAGAUGCCUAAGAAGGAAAUCGCCGCCGACCGCUUCAUUGAAGCUCACCCUUGCUACGACGGGCGCGGCGUCGUCAUAGCAAUUUUCGAUUCCGGAGUUGAUCCAGCUGCAGCUGGUUUGCAGGUGACAUCAGAUGGGAAACCAAAAAUUCUUGAUGUCUUAGAUUGUACAGGGAGCGGAGAUGUUGAUACAUCUACUGUGGUGAAGGCUGAUGCCGAUGGCUGCAUUCGUGGAGCCUCUGGGGAAUCGUUGAUUGUAAACUCUUCAUGGAAGAAUCCAUCUGGUGAGUGGCACGUGGGUUGCAAAAUGGUGUAUGAGCUGUUUACUGAUGAUCUGGUUUCUCGAGUGAAGAAAGAAAGAAGAAAAAAAUGGGAUGUGAAAAACCAGGAAGCUAUUGCUGAGGCUGUAAAGCAUCUUGAUGAUUUUGACAAGAAACAUGCAAAAUCUGAUGAUACCAACUCGAAAAGGGUUCGUGCUGACCUUCAGAACAAAGUUGAUCUCCUGCGCAAGCAAAUUGAUAGCUAUGAUGAUAAGGGACCUGUCGUUGAUGCUGUUGUGUGGCAUGACGGAGAAGUAUGGAGGGCUGCUCUUGACACACAGGGUUUUCAUGAUGAACCUGAAUGUGGAAAGCUUGCUGAUUUUAUCCCUCUAACUAAUUACAGAACCAAACAGAAGCAUGGUGUAUUUAGUGCACUGGAUGCAUGCACUUUUGUUUUAAAUGUCUACAGUGAAGGAAAUAUUCUAAGUAUUGUAACAGAUUCUUCUCCACAUGCCACUCAUGUUGCCGGCAUUGCUGCAGCUUUCCAUCCAAAGGAACCUUUGCUAAAUGGAAUUGCACCUGGAGCACAAUUGGUAUCAUGUAAAAUUGGUGAUUCUCGAUUAGGUUCAAUGGAAACUGGAACAGGAUUGACUCGAGCAGUAAUUGCAGCUGUAGAGCAUAAGUGUGAUCUCAUCAAUAUGAGUUAUGGGGAACCUACAUUGCUCCCAGAUUAUGGUCGCUUCGUUGACCUUGUCAAUGAGGUUGUCAACAAGUAUCAUAUGGUAUUUGUAAGCAGUGCUGGCAAUGGCGGACCAGCAUUGACUACUGUCGGCGCACCUGGUGGUACUACAUCAAGCAUAAUUGGUGUUGGUGCAUAUGUUUCCCUUUCUAUGGCUGCUGCGACCCACUUGUUGGUUCAACCCCCUUCUGAAGGCCUUGAGUACACUUGGUCCAGUCGGGGACCUACUGCUGAUGGAAAUAUUGGUGUCUCAAUAAGUGCUGCUGGUGGAGCUGUGGCUCCUGUUCCUACAUGGACACUACAACGGCGUAAGUUGAUGAACGGAACAUCCAUGGCAUCUCCUUCUGCUUGUGGUGGAGUUGCUCUACUUAUAAGUGCCAUGAAGGCUGAAGGAAUUCCUGUGAGCCCGUACACUGUACGGAAGGCUCUAGAAAAUACAGCUUCUCCUGUGGGGUCUUUGCCAGAAGAUAAGUUAAGUGCAGGAGAAGGGCUCAUGCAAGUUGACAAGGCUUAUGAGUAUAUUCAGAAGUCACAACACCUCCCUUGUGUGUGGUAUCAAAUCAAGAUAAAUCAGGCUGGGAAGUCAACUCCUACAUCCCGAGGUAUUUACCUAAGGGAGAUUAGUUUUUGUAAUGAAUCAACAGAGUGGACAGUUGAAGUUCAACCGACGUUCCAUAAUGAUGCGAGUAAUUUAGAGCAACUGGUUCCAUUUGAAGAGUGUAUUCAGUUGCAUUCUACUGGAGAGUCAGUGGUUAGAUCUCCUGAAUUCGUCCUCCUCACCCAUAACGGCCGUAGCUUCAACAUUGUUGUUGACCCUACGCGUCUUGACGAGGGCUUGCAUUAUUAUGAAGUAUAUGGCGUAGAUUGCAAGGCUCCAUGGCGUGGCCCUCUUUUCAGAAUUCCAGUCACUAUAACCAAGCCAAGAGUUAUGAGAAAUCAUCCCCCUUUGAUUUCAUUUCAGGGAAUACCAUUUCGUCCAGGUCAUAUUGAACGGAGGUUUAUUGACGUACCCAUUGGUGCUACUUGGGCUGAGGCUACCAUGAAAACAUCAUGUUUUGAUACACCUAGAACAUUCUACAUUGAUAUGGUUCAGAUCUCUCCUUUGCAAAGGCCAAGCAAAUGGGAAAAUGUGGCGAAAUUUUCUUCACCCUCUACUAAAAGCUUUAUCGUUGCAGUGGAGGGUGGUCGCACGAUGGAAAUAACAGUAGCUCAGUUUUGGUCUAGUGGAAUAGGAAGUCACGAGAUCACUAUGAUUGAUUUUGAGAUUGGAUUUCAUGGAAUCAAUGCGAACAAAGAGGAAGUGGUACUUGAUGGAAGUGAAGCACCUAUACGAAUUGAUGUUGAAGCUCGUAUAUCAACUGAGACACUUGCUCCUACUGCAAUUCUUAAUAAGAUUAGAACUGCAUAUCGUCCAAUUGAUGCUAAAGUUCAUACCCUUUCAGGUGAUAGGGACAAGUUACCCUCAGGGAAACAGAUACUAGCAUUAAUAUUAACUUACAAAUUUAAAGUGGAAGAUAUUGCUGAAAUAAAGCCUCUGAUUCCAUUACUUAACAACCGCAUAUAUGAUAAUAAAUUUGAGUCUCAGUUUUACAUGAUAUCAGAUUCUAACAAGCGUGUGCAUGCAAUGGGUGAUGUUUAUCCAAAAUCAUCAAAACUUCCAAGAGGUGAAUACAGUUUACUGCUAUAUUUGAGGCAUGAUAAUCUGCAGUACUUAGAGAAAAUAAAGCAGUUGGUCUUAUUCAUAGAAAGAACCUUGGAUGCCAAGGAUUCCAUUUCGCUUAACUUUUAUGCUCAACCUGAUGAUCCAAUUAUGAGUGGCAGUAAUUUCUCAUCUUCUGUUCUGAUUCCCGGGGUAAAGGAAGCAUUUUAUAUGGGUCCUCCUUCAAAGGACAAGCUCCCAAAGAACUGCUCUGAAGGAUCUAUAUUAGUCGGGACAGUGUCAUAUGCAAGUUCACAAAAGAACCCUGUCUCAUAUCAAAUAUCUUAUAGGGUGCCUCCAAGCAAGCUUAAUGACAAGUUGGAGGAAAGUUCCUCAAUUUGCGCCAAGAAUGUAUCUGAGAAAUUAUAUGCGGAGGUCCGUGAUGCUAAAAUAAAUGUUCUUGUUAGCUUAAACCAAGGCACUGAUGAGGAACACACAGAAUGGAGAAAGUUAUCCAUCACUCUUAAGUCAGAAUACCCAAAAUAUACCACAUUGCUUGCUAAAAUAUUGGAAUGUUUACUUUCACAAAACAAUGUUCGAGACAAGAUCCGUCAUCAUGAAGAGAUUAUUGCUGCAGCAGAUGAGGUUGUUGAAAGCAUUGAUAGAGAUGAGUUGGCCAGACAUUUUUCCAUCAAAACCGAUGCUGAAGAUGAAGCUGCUGAAGUGAGCAUUNUGCUUGCUAAAAUAUUGGAAUGUUUACUUUCACAAAACAAUGUUCGAGACAAGAUCCGUCAUCAUGAAGAGAUUAUUGCUGCAGCAGAUGAGGUUGUUGAAAGCAUUGAUAGAGAUGAGUUGGCCAGACAUUUUUCCAUCAAAACCGAUGCUGAAGAUGAAGCUGCUGAAGGAAUAAAGAAAAAAAUGGAAACAAUUCGUGACCAGUUGACAGAAGCACUCUAUCAGAAAGGAUUGGCUUUGGCAGCGAUUGAAUCAUUAAAGAAUGGCCAACUUUCCGACAAGAUAGAUGCCCAACCUGCAGUGGUGCUUACUGUUGAGCCAGACUUGUUUGAAAAGAACUUCCAAGAACUAAAGAAGUGGGUAGAUGUGAACUCGCCCAAAUAUGGAACACUUUCUGUUAUACACGAGAGACGUCUAGGAAGACUAGGAACUGCACUAAAGGUCUUGAAUGACAUGAUUCAAGAAGAUGGUGACCCCCCUAAGAAGAAGUUUUAUGAUCUAAAGCUCUCAUUGCUCAAGCAACUAGGAUGGCGCCAUCUGGUGGCUUAUGAGAAAGAAUGGAUGCUUGUUCGCUUCCCCUCGAGCCUCCCCCUUUUUUAGGGUUCUUCUCUUUAAACUAUGAUAUCAUGACGGGUUAAUAAUGAUGCUUUAUAGUUUAUAUACUGCAACUUCAUUACAGUCCAAAAGAAGUUCUUAAUGUCAUUACCUUUUUAUUCAGUGCCCUAUAUAAGAAGGAUUAAUCAGUACAGUACAUUA